AUGAGAGUUGUAAUAUCCUUACCCAGCCUGCUAUUUGUUUUCAGAUAUUUGGGCUCUAAUGCAGCAUCUGCGAAAGCCUCCUUGAUGACUUCUUCGUCCUCUGGCACUCCCUCUUUCCGACAGGAGAACUUAGCACCAGGUCAGUUUCUAUCCGAUACUUCUCAUUCGCAAGAGCCCACUUCGCCAGAGCCUGAAUCUCACUCUUCACAAGGCCAAAAUGGGCUUGAGAAUUCAGUUUGUGACUUGCCAAACUCCAUUGAUCCGCAUCUCCGAAUAUCAUCCAUUAAUGAUGUAAAGCCUUCCGCAGCUAAGUCAUCCGGUUCUCGACCGGCUCUUGAUCGGCGUCGGCGAUUUGGUACUGUCCAACAGCCCGCUAGCCUUCUAGAAAUCAGUGCAAUGGCGGCUGCAGAGGCCGCUGUGACAGCAUCCAUAGGCGUCACCACUUGUGAAUCCCCGUUAGCUCCGCCCUCAUCAGAGACUACAAUUGUUGGUUUAGAUUCUAUAGGAGCAGGGACACGUUUCUGUCAACUGUCAUCCAGUCCUUGUAUCAGCCCAGGUCGCCCCCUACCUCCAUCCAGUGCUUCUAGGCAUCUAGACACACGUGCUACAGUUUUACCAACUUCAGCUAUUCAUUUUUACCAACACCAGAAACGUCAUCUACCUUCUCCGACAGCCUCUGCGGGUCUACUGCUUCCACUUCGUUUCACCAAGAAACCCGAGGCUUCAGCGGUUAUGGCUCCUUUGGCUACCGACCAAACUUGUGAUAAGGAAUUAAGUAAGAACUGGACGGAGACCCCUGGUCUCGCUUUACCAAGGAUUCCAGAUUCCCUAGUCACGGGUCAAGCUCCACUCUCUGGCACUAGAGGUAGAUUAAUUUUCCGUUUACAACUUGUUUUUACAUUUGGCCAAUUUAUUUGUCUAUUUAAACAUAAGUUGCUUCCGAUUGGCAUUUUGCAGAAUUACCGCUUAAUAUUUAUCUGUGCCUUCAUGAGGAUGAGUCAUACAACCAUUUAA